UCACUCAGUGAGCGAUUGUCUGCAUAAGAGUACGCUUGUCGUCUCUACAUUAACCGAACAUUGCGCGUAACCAUACACGAUAAAUUAAUUACGAUCGAUAUUUUAAAAAGUUGUUAUUGAAAUCAGGCAUGUACUGGUGUUAGUUGCAGUGUAAGUGCUACAAUACUGAGAAGCGAACAUAGAGAGAAAAGUUAAAAAUCUUCGAGUACAGAAUACGGUGGAUAGCAUGCUGACAAGGUGGUUACCGUUUGCGCUCGUGGCGGUUAGCUGGCGGCUCACAGAUGCCUGUACAUGUGCACCCGACCAUCCACAAACCCAUUUCUGCUCUAGUGAUUUUGUAAUAGUGGGUAGAGUACAGAAAACUUUCAAAGGGUCCGAUUUCUAUGAUUCAUACAAAGUAAAAAUUCGAAACACGUUCAAAAGUACACCAAAAGCAACCGUUGCACUUAAAUCUGGCCGCUUGUUGACAGCAUCCCAAGACUCUAUGUGUGGGAUCUCCCUCCAGCCCAGAGAAACCUAUGUCAUUACAGGUAAUGUACGACAUUUACAAGCUCAUAUCAACCUCUGCGGGUAUACAAAAAAAUGGCGUGACGUAACGCCGCGGCAACGGAAAGGUUUCAGACUUCUAUAUAAACAAGGCUGCACGUGCAAAAUACAUAUGACGAGGAGAAGCACUAAAUCACCAAACACGUGCGUAGCGAACUUCAACGACUGUUACGAGCGACAUGGUAUUUGCCUGCAUGAUCGUGAAGGACGCUGUCGCUGGACAAGAGCUCCAGCCCUCACCAGAUGCAAGCAGGCAAAUUACUUCAACACAACUAUGACGAUACUAUGAUUGAAUAACUUGAUACUGAUUCGACUAACUUAAAAAUACCUAUUUUGAUCUAGAUAAAUGAACACAGAAAGAUGAGUGCGUAAAUACAAUUUUUUAUAUUUUUUUAUAAAGCAGUAGCAGCUAUUACCACUACAGUAAAUCCAUUUAAAUUAAAAUCCAUCAAUUUUAAUAAUAUUUUGUUAGGUAUUAUUAUACUGGCUCAUCCAACGUAGUUGACUAUAACUACUGUCAAUAUACACCUAUAAGUACCAGAAAAUAAACUACAACAAAUGCAACGUAAUAAGUGAAAAAUAAAAGUAUACUUAUAAGGGAUGGCAGAUGCCCUAAAAAUAUGUGACGUAAAAGUAACAACGACGAAAACCAUAAAGUAUAUUUCGUUUCUAAGUUACAUACAGAAACUUGACAAAAUCAAGGUUGCAGAGGUUUUAAGCUUUGUCUGAAUAGAAGUCAUAACUAUUGUAUUGCCAAAUAACUAAUCUACUUACGUACCAAUAAAAACUGUAGUACACACUAAAUUGUAAUUUGCUUUGCAAGGCAAUUGAAAAGCCGCGGGACCUGAUAAUACGUCUAUCGAAGCAAAAUGGCGGCAGUAGCACAUACUUAUUGAUUUGAGGUUAUAUGGACCGUCGUGAGAAUUAAAAUUUUGCCUUGUAUGGACGUAGACACUUUUAUAGUGUUAAACAAGUUAUAUAGUUACGAUAAGGGAGUGAAUGUAAACAAAAUUUUAUUGUAACGAAUUUGUAUUUAAAUUAUUCUUCUCUGUAUUUUUGAUGAUCUUUAUUGUUGUUUUGUUUUUUGUCCUUUGAGGCAAAAAAUUUUAACGUUAUAUUUACUUUAUUUAGUUUCUAAGAAAAGAAUUGUAAAUUAACAAAAAUAGUGAUAUUACUGUAUUAGGUUAAAAUAAAUUAUAAGACUAAUACGUAGUUUAUUUUUUUGCAUUUCAUCUAUUUGGUUGGUUGGUAGAUAUAUUAUCUAUUAAAUUCAUGUUGCUGCAAUUAAAGUUUAAAACCGCAUAUAACUCAAUAUAAUAUGGCAAACAUAUUUAACAUUUAUAU